CGUUCCAUGAAUCAAUGUACGAAAAACUGACGAUACCAAGAGCCCCUCUGCAAACCCCAUAUAUAUCAAUCAUCACGUCUUCAAAUCUGGGGGUCAAACGACAUCUCUUCUCUUGGAUCUCGCGGGACUCAUCCAGCUACUCUGUUAUUUUUCACCAUGUCGCGAACCCUGAUAUCACGACGAAUCUGGGGCACCGCUUCCCGACCCUCGAUAUGCAUGUCAUGCCGAGCCAGAGUGAGGAGUCUGUCUACCACGACACCUCUGAAAGCCACCACCACCAAUGGUGAGGCACAGAACAAGGUCAUCAUCCGGAAACCAAAAGAAACAAGUGUCUUAUAGAACUGAUCCUCAAGCAGUUGAUGGGUGAACAUCUCAAAGAUGCCGAUCCCGAGAUCUACGCGAUCCUCCAACGAGAGAUCAAAAGACAAAAGCACUUCAUCAACUUGAUUCCGUCCGAGAACUUCACCUCUCAAGCAGUACUGGAUGCUCUUGGAAGUGUGAUGCAGAGUGGGUUGAAACUUUCUUCCUGUUUGCCUCCAACCAAGUUCACACAAGUCUAAUCAGUAUGUGACAGACAAAUAUUCCGAGGGCUACCCCGGAGCACGAUACUACGGUGGUAACGAACACAUUGAUGAAUCCGAGCGUCUGUGCCAGAAAAGAGCCCUCGAGACGUACAGACUAGACCCUGAACAAUGGGGAGUCAAUGUUCAACCCCUCUCUGGAAGCCCAGCAAAUCUCUACGCCUACUCUGCUCUCCUCAACUCUCACGAGAGGAUCAUGGGUCUUGACCUCCCCCACGGUGGUCACCUGUCCCACGGUUAUCAGACGCCCACCAAGAAAAUCUCCAUGAUCUCCAAAUACUUUGAAACCUUCCCUUACCGUCUUGACGAAUCCACCGGCCUCAUCGACUACCAGCGACUCCACGAGAACGCGAUCCUGUACCGACCCAAGAUCAUCGUGGCCGGCACGUCGGCCUACAGCCGACUGAUUGACUAUGAACGCAUGCGGGCCAUCGCCGACGACGUAGGUGCCUACCUCCUCUCCGACAUGGCCCACAUUUCUGGUUUGGUGGCGGCCGACGUGAUCCCCAGCCCGUUUGCCUACUCCGACGUCGUGACCACCACCACCCACAAGUCACUACGCGGACCCAGGGGGGCCAUGAUCUUCUACAGGAAGGGGGUCCGGCGCACGACCAAAAAGGGUGAAAAGGAAAUGUACGACCUGGAGAACCCGAUCAACGCGUCCGUCUUCCCGGGCCACCAGGGUGGUCCCCACAACCACACCAUCACCGCCCUCGCCGUGGCCCUCAAGCAGGCCCAGUCCCCGUCGUUCAAGGAGUACCAACAGACCGUGCUGGCCAACGCCAAGGCCCUCGCCGAUCGCCUGGGCAACUCCGAGUACUCCGGCGGGCUGGGUUACAACAUCGUCAGCGGCGGCACCGACAACCAUCUGGUGUUGGUCGACCUCAAGUCGAAAGGCAUCGACGGAGCCAGGGUCGAGCGAGUCCUGGAGCUCUGCGGCGUCGCCUCCAACAAGAACACGGUCCCGGGCGACAAGUCGGCCCUGAAGCCGGGCGGCCUGAGGAUGGGUUCCCCGGCCAUGACGACCCGCGGCUUCCAACCCAACGACUUCACUCGCGUCGCCGAGAUUGUGGACCGCGCCGUCAGCAUCGCCGUCAAGGUCGACAGGUCCGCCCGCGCCGAGGCCGAGGCCUCCGGGAAGAAGAACCCGGGGGCCGUCAAGAGUUUCUUGGACCACCUCAAGGACGGGACCGACGUCCCGGAAAUCUUGACCCUGAGGCAAGAGGUCGAGGAUUGGGUCGGGACCUUUGCUCAACCUUGGAUCAAGGAGUAGUGGUUUGGUUGGUACCCUGGUUCAAGAACUUUCGAGUUUGUGGGAGGUGGCGGUUGUCACGUAUUGCUACACGCGUUUAAUGUUUGGUGCCCAAAAAAAAAGUAAAUUGAUCAGAAGACCUUCUCCGUUGGAAAAUGAAACAAGCAAAGUCGUACGUGGUGGGAUUUCAGGCCGAUGAAUACGACCCAAACCCAUCGGAAAUUCAGUGUAUUUUUGAAAGAAUCGGGUAGCGUCGGGUGUUUGAUCCUUCGAGGGUAAUGGACAGCGACCCCCGAGGGGACGCGUUGCGCGCGAUGGUGGUGGAAUGGGAUGCGACAAACUCAAACACAAACCAACAAUACAAGAAUAUACCUACGUCUUCAUCUUGGUCGUGAUUUACUAUUUUUGUACCCGAGUCAAAAGAAAGAAACGCGUUUCUGGUUCUCGUACCCCGGUGUCGAUGGGACGUAGACGGUUCGCUCAUCGUAGUCGGAAUUCGGAAUAUUAUAUUCAG